CGCAUCUUUCUUGUUGGUUGCUUCUGAAAAUUGAUUUGGACAACAGCUGGGUUCCGUUCCUUAUAGCUGAUUGGACGCUGGAAGUUUCUCUCUGUUGCUACUCGACAUGAGGAACUCGAUGAUCCUCAACAGCAGAAUCAGCCAUCGAAACUGGUCCAGGUUUCAGCGGCCAAGAACAGCCUGUACGACUGAUUUUGCUUGUUCUUCUGCUUUUCUGGCAUCGACUUACUCAUCUUGCUCUGGGUGGAAUCCAACUACUCCUGGUACGUCAAAUUCUGCUACUUUCAUAAACGUUGAUGAUGCCUUGGCUUCUUUUGAAUUGAUGGUCUGCAUGAAUCCCAAGCCUUCUACUGCGAGAUUUGGUCAGGUAUUGUCCUAUCUUUUGAAAAUGAACGUACCCCAUACUGCCUUCUCUGUAUCUAGAUCAAUGGAAUUGGCUGGAAUUCCACACAAUGAGUACACACUCAACAUGUUGAUUCAUUGCUUGUGUAAAUUAGGCCGUGCGGAUGUUGGCUUUUCAGUUUUGGGUAAAGCUUUUAAACUUGGAGUUCAACCUGAUGUUGUCACGUUCGGUACACUGAUUAAUGGGCUCUCUAAAGAUGGAAAACUUGCUCGGGCUGUGAAGUUGUUUGAUAAAAUAAGGAUGUUGGGAUAUCAACCCGAUGUGUACACAUACACCCCAAUCAUCAAUGGACUAUGCAAAGCAGGACAAGCAAAUGCGGGUUUUGAAUUGCUCAAGAAAAUGGAAGAUAUGGGUUGUCAACCUGACGUUUCUAAUUAUAGCACAAUCAUUGACAGCUUCUGUAAGGAAGGGUUGCUAUGCAAAGCCUUAGAUGUUUUUUCCAGAAUGAAGGGAAGAAAAGUUUCGCCAAAUGUGGUCACUUAUAGUUGCUUGAUUCAUGGACUGUGCAUCUUAAGGCAACAGAAUGAAGCUAUUAUGUUGUUGAAUGAAAUGAUAGAAAAGAACGUCAUGCCUAACGUAUAUACCUUCAACAUACUGGUCGAUGCUUUUUGUAAGAUGGGAAAUCUGAUGAAAGCUAAAUUUGUAGUCAAAAUGAUGAAUCGAAGAGGUAUGCUUCCAGAUGUUGUGACUUAUACUUGCUUCAUUCAUGGUCUAUGUAUUUCAGGCCAAGAGAAUAAAGCUAUAAAGUUGUUGGAUGAAAUGAUAGAAAAGAACAUCAUGCCGAAUGCAUAUACCGUCAGCAUACUGGUUGAUGCUUUUUGUAAGAAAGGAAGUGUGUUGGAGGCUAAAGCUGUAGUCAAAAUGAUGAUUCAAAGAGGCCUGCGUCCAAAUAAUAUCACAUACAAUUCAUUGAUGAAUGGGUAUUCCCUGCGGAACGAAGUAGACAAGGCGCGGCGGUUAUUUGAUUGUAUGGUUCUCACGGGAUGCAAGCCUAACGUUUACAACUAUAACAUCAUGAUUGAUGGAUAUUGCAAAAGUAAAAGGAUAGAGGAAGCCGAGCAGUUAUUUAAUGAUAUGAUUGAGAAGAAUGUGUCUCCCGAAACGUUUACAUAUAAUACUCUCAUGAAUGGAUAUUGCCUUACAGGAAGGCUUGAAGAUGCACGAGAGCUUCUCAAGAAAAUGUGCUGUCAAGGUUUCUCCCCGGAUGUUGUGACAUAUAGUAUUUUGCUUAUUAAUUUGUGCAACCAAGGCUAUCUUGAUGAAGCAUUGGCUCUAUUUGAAGCAAUGAAAAGUAACAGGUUGAAGCCCGAUGUUCAUAUGUAUAACUUCUUUAUUGCUGGUUUGUUUGAAGCAGGGAGGGUUAAUAAAGCAAGGGAGAUGUUUUCUACCCUCAUUAAAGAUGAGUGCUUACAGCCAAAUACCCACACGUAUAACGUAGUAAUCAAUGGACUUUGUACGCAAGGUUUGGUAAAUGAAGCAUACAAUUUGUUUAGAACAAUGGAAGGGGUUAGUUGUCCACCAAAUAGCUGGUCUUAUAACUUCAUUAUCCAUGGAUUUCUUCGGCAUAAAGAUCCACUUGAAGCUGGGGAUCUUAUCCAAGAAAUGUGGUCCAAGGGUUUCGCAGCUGAUACAACCACACUAUCCUUGCUGAUGGAUUUAACGUCGAAAAAUCAACUGAAUCAUCCAGUUGUCAGAAAGCUGCUUGGUGAUUCUGGAAAGGCUGGUGAGGAGGUUAGGCCCAAGGGUUUAUCAGCAGAGAGAAACAUCACCCCAGAAGCUUGUUAGAAUUGUUGCUCAAAACACCAAGUUUGGAUCUUCCUGCUAGUACAUUUUUCAUGGUUAUGUCUUUCCGCUGGCAGCAUCUGUGGAAUGUAUGAGCUCUGGUCCUUUGUCGUUCUCAUAUCCUCUCUUUUUGUUAUUGUGUCUUUGUACUGUUCUACUAACCCUUCUGAUUGCUUUGCAUGCUUAGUGGCAAGAAAGUACUCUUUGGUUGUAGAGAGCUUUAUUGGGAUGAGGCCGAAGGGUUUAUCAGCAGAGACAAACAUCACCCCAAAAUGUUGCUAAAAUUGUUGCUCGAAACACCAGUUUGGCUCUUCCUGCUAGUACAUUUUGCAUGGUUAUGUCUUUCUGCUGGCAGCAUCUGUGGAACGUAUGAGCUCUGAUCCUCUGUGGUUCUCAUAUCCUCUCUUUUUGUUAGUGUGUCUUCGUACUGUUCUACUAACCCUUCUGAUUGCUUUGCAUGCUUAGUGGCAAGAAAGUACUCUUUGGUUCUUAAGAGUUUUUUCCCAAUUGUGGACUUCCAGUACUGGAUUCAGCAGCUAUGCCUUUGUUGCCUUGGAGAUGCUGACAUUUGGGGCAAACAUCAGUUUUUCUAUUACAAAAGUUCCCAGAACAUUUGAGAUAGGUAUUGCUGCCAAAGGCAACAAAACAAAGAGCUUUUUGCAACUGGGAAGAUCUUGUUUAGCAGUAAGGCAGGCAGAAGGGGGAAAGAAGGAAAAAACAAUCAUCUUUGUUUAGUCAAAAUAUUUGCCUUCUGGUAAGUUAUCCUCUAAAGAAGGCGGAUUGUCUUGUUCAGAAACUAACAAAGAAGAUGAAAACUUGGAGAGGUAAGAAGCUAUCCUAUGCUGGGAGACUACAGCUGGUGGCUUCUGUGUUCAUGGGCAUCAUACAGUACUGGAUGCAGAUCUUCUUGUUGCCUAAGAAGGUGAUAAAGAGACUAUAUAGAGUUUGCUCCAGCUUUUAUGGCAUGGAGAUGGUGAAGGAAAGGCCAUAGUUGCUUGGGAGAGAGUUACCAAACCAAAAAAGGAAGGUGGACUAGGAAAUAAAGAUUUGAUAUCGUG